ACGUUAUUCUUUUUUCCCAUGACAUAUGUGGCCACACGGAAAUGGUCAACCCGUUAAUAUACCUGACCAUUCGGCUAAUGCCACGUUGCCCAUGAAAUAGUUCGAGAUUCAAGCCAAAAAAAAAAAAAAAAAAAAAAGAACGGAGUAGAAUAGAAAAAGAUGCAGUCUUGCUUUGCAGAGUACUCUCCCCUUGUCUGUCUGGUCUCAAUGUCCGAGCGAUUCUCGGUAGCAGUCCUUGAAAAUUAAAACAUUUGGAUUCGGGGUUUCUUAGUUCAACCCCAAUGGCUUUCAUCAUCUUCUUCUGCGUGUUGAUACUGACUUUCUUGGACCAACCGGUGACUUCGGGAUCGGAACUGGAAUUGCUGACCCGUGAAUUGCUGGUAACGGCGAGGAAGCCGGAGUUCUUUGAAUGGAUGAGAGGAGUCAGGAGGAAAAUCCAUGAGUACCCAGAAUUGGGGUUCGAAGAACACAAGACGAGCGAAAUCAUCAGGUCGGAGCUGGACUCGCUCGGAGUUAGGUACACCUGGCCCGUAGCCAAGACAGGAGUGGUUGCUUCAAUCGGGUCUGGAUCCAAACCCGUUUUCGCUCUCAGGGCUGACAUGGACGCCCUACCUUUGCAGGAAUUAGUAGAGUGGGAAUUCAAGAGCAAGAUAGACGGCAAGAUGCAUGCAUGUGGUCAUGAUUCUCAUGUAGCAAUGUUACUUGGAGCAGCCAAGUUACUCCAGAAAAACAAGAAUAAACUGAAGGGAACUGUGAAGCUAGUUUUCCAACCGGGAGAAGAGGGUUAUUCUGGUGCGUAUCAUAUGUUACAACAUGGUGCUCUUGAUGACAUCGAUGCCAUCUUCUUUCUACAUGUUUUGCCUUCGGUACCCACUGGUGCCAUUGCUUCGAGGCCCGGAACAAUACUUGCCGGUGCCGGGCUCUUUUCGGUUACAAUUACAGGAAAGGGUGGACAUGCGGCAGUCCCUCAUAAUAGCAGAGACCCAAUUCUUGCAGCGGCCUUCGCAAUCCUUGCUCUCCAACAGAUAGUAUCUCGUGAGACCAAUCCUCUUGAGGCCAGAGUUGUAACAGUUGGUUUCAUAGAGGGAGGUCAAGCCGCAAAUGUAAUCCCAGAGUCUGUGAAAUUUGGUGGAACCUUUAGGAGCUUAACCUCUGAAGGUUUGUCUUACCUCAAGGAAAGAAUCAAAGAGGUUAUAGAGCUUCAAGCAGCUGUGCAUAGAUGUAAUGCGGUGGUGGACUUCAAAGAGGAAGUACCACUGCCUUAUCCUGUAGUUGUUAACAAUGAAGCAAUGUAUGAACAUGGAAAGAAAGUUGGAGAACCCAAUGUGCAGUUUGUUCCGGUAACAAUGGGAUCAGAGGAUUUCGGCUUUUUCUCACAAAAGAUUGCUGCUACAAUUUUUGUGUUGGGGGUAAAGAACGAGAGUGUAAAAUCAGAUCAACCACUGCACUCUCCUUACUUCUUCAUCGAUGAAGAAGCUCUUCCAAUCGGAGCGGCUCUUGAUGCUGCUGUGGCAAUCUCAUAUUUGGAAAACCAAGUUGUUGAGACCCAUUGAAAUGUAACUCGGCUUAGGCUUACAGUUAUCACCUCUGCUUAACAUCAGAGUAAAUAGUUGUGAAUGAAGGACUAGAAUUAUACGAAGGAGUCAUUUAUUAUAAUAAUUAUCCCAUAGGACUAGUAAUUUGCUUUUUUGUUUUAUAUUUGUAUUUGGAAUGUUUUCUAUUAUCGAGAUUAGCUAUUGCAUUGGAA